AUGUCCUCGAACCCCUCCAAACCAGACCUCUCGCAGUACAACUACGGUGCCAUCUCCUCGCUGGUGUUGACCGCGGAUCGUUCUGCCUUGCCACGUCGAGACAAGGAGCCAGACGGGGCACCGACGAGUCUGGCUGGGCGGAUCGACGUGAAGGAUAUGGGGAGCCGUGUUGUGCGGGAGGGACCGGGUGAUCUAGGUGGGAGGAAGAAGAGGGAUGAGAAAGAGAAGGGGAAGAAGAGUAAAACCAAGACAAAAACAGAGGAGAUAAAAGGAACAGCUCCAAGUGGAACAACAGCCUUCGGAUUCAGCGGGUACACCGACAUCCUCGACGCCACGCACCAAGUCGAGGGACUCACCUACCGUCCGAAGACGGUGGAGACGCGGCAGGUGUACGAGCUCCUUCUUUCCGAGAUCCACACCAUCCUCGGGGGGCAGGCGCAGGACAUCGUGCGUACAGCCGCGGACGCGGUGUUGGAGAUCCUCAAAGACCCGUCGCGGGGUCUGAAGGAUUUGGAUCGGAAGAGGGAGAUGGAGGAGUUCUUGGGAGGGUUGGGGGAGGAGAGGUAUGGGGUGUUGGUUGGUCUUGGGAGGAAGAUUACGGAUUAUUAUAUGGGGGAAGGGGAGGAGGGUGGAGAGGGGGAUGGGGAAGGAGGAGGAAGAGGGAAAGGGGAAGGGGAGAUUGAUGAUGAGGUGGGGGUUGCGGUGGUUUUUGAUGAUGAGGAUGAGGAGAGUGAGGAUGAUGGGGAGGGGUUUGAGGUUCGUGAUGACGACGACGACGACGACGAAGAGUCUUCGUCUGAACCCGAAGUGGAUGGACCAAGAGUAGCUAUCGAAGGAGAUGACGACGAAGAAAUCGUCAUCGGUGACAAACCCUCUUCAUCAAAGAAACAAACGUCCAAAUCCAAAAACGCAUCAUCGAAAGACGACGACCUGGUCUCACCCCACUCCAUCGACGCGUUCUGGGUCCAGCGUCAAAUUUCCCAAGUCUAUCCCGACCCACACACAUCCUCCACCAAAGCCUCCGAGGUGCUCUCUAUUCUCUCUUCCACAACACCAGCGGGAGGGACAGCACCCACGAAUCUCCGAGAUGCGGAGAACCAGCUGAUGGAGGUGUUCGAGUAUGCGCAUUUCGAUCUUGUGCGGAAACUGCUGAAGAACAGGGACGUGGUGGUGUGGUGCACGAAACUCAUGCGGAGCUCGCGGGAGGAACGCGCUGAUGUCGAGGUUGCCAUGAGGGAGAGGGGGGUUGGGUGGAUUUUACGUGAAUUGGAUGGGGAGCGAAGACCCAAUACCACUAGUAACGACGACGACGACGAGCAAAUGGACGUCGACGACACCAGCCCAAAGCCCACACCUCCAAACCCCGCCCUUCGUCUCCCCAAAACCAUCGACCUCACCGCCAUGGCUUUUUCCCAAGGCUCCCAUCUCAUGUCGAACAAGAAAUGUGUUCUCCCCGAAGGCAGUUUCAAACGUGCCCGCAAAGGAUGGGAGGAGAUCCACGUUCCUGCUGUCAAGAGUCGGUACUCCACCACUGUCGGAGGCUCAGACGAGUUGGUCUGUAUAACUGCUUUACCGUUCUGGGCACGAGCAGCGUUCACUGUGCCCAACUUGAACAGGGUCCAGAGUAAGUUGUUUCCUGUCGCGUUUGGGACGGAUGAGCCGAUUUUGUUGUGUGCUCCUACUGGUGCUGGAAAGACAAAUGUAGCCCUCUUAACAAUCCUCUCUGAACUCUCCAAGCACCACUCUCCUCCUCCCGACUCUGACCCCUCCACCACCCCCUUCACCCCUUCCAACACCGACUUUAAAAUCAUCUACAUCGCACCAAUGAAAGCCCUCGUCCAAGAAAUGGUCGGCAACUUCCGUUCCCGCCUCGGUCCAUCCACCCCGUUCAACCUCACCGUCGGGGAGCUCACAGGAGACAGCCAAAUGACCAAAGACCAGAUCCGCGAAACCCAAAUCAUCGUCACCACCCCAGAAAAAUGGGACGUCGUUACCCGCAAGGGGGGGAGUGCAGGCGGGGGUGAACGUAUCACCGAAGGCGCAGUGAAAGUCAUUAUCAUCGACGAGAUCCACCUCCUCCACGACGAGCGCGGUCCUGUUCUCGAAUCCAUCAUCGCGCGUACUGUUCGCAAAAUGGAGACCCAAUCCAACGCCUACGUGCGUCUCAUCGGUCUCUCCGCGACCCUCCCCAACUACACCGACGUCGCCGCCUUCCUCCGCGUCAACCCCUCCACCGGUCUCUUCUACUUUGACGCCACCUUCCGCCCCUGUGCCCUCCACCAACAAUUCAUCGGUAUCACCGAAAAAAAAGCAAUCAAGCGAUACACCCUAAUGAACGAAAUCACGUACGAGAAAAUCCUCGACCAGCUCUCCCCUUCCACCUCCGGAGGCCGGAACCAAUCCCUGGUAUUCGUCCACUCCCGAAAAGAAACCGCGAAAACCGGUGUAUACCUCCGCGACACCGCACUCGCAAAAGACACGAUAACGUCCUUCGUCAACCCGUCUUCCGCCAUCCGCGAGAUCCUCACCUCCGAAUCGCAGUCUAUCCAGAACCCCACUCUCCGGGAUCUCCUUCCCUUUGGAAUCGGGAUCCACCAUGCAGGGUUAUCCGCCACCGACCGCGCGACGGUAGAGGAUUUGUUCUCCGACGGAUCGCUCAGUGUGUUGGUGUGCACCGCAACGCUCGCGUGGGGAGUGAACCUCCCUGCGCAUGCAGUCAUCAUCAAAGGCACGGAGGUGUACGACCCGCGUAAAGGCCGGUGGACGGAACUCAGUGGUCAAGAUGUUUUACAGAUGCUUGGAAGAGCAGGGCGUCCCCAGUUCGAUACGUUCGGGGAGGGAAUCAUCAUUACGAAAGGAGAGGAACUUCAGUAUUACCUAAGUCUUCUCAACGCACAGCUUCCUAUCGAAUCCCAACUCCUCGGUGGCGCUUCCUCCUCUUCCACCUCUUCUGGCACCGGCACCGGAACCCUAAGCAACGCCCUCGGCCCCGGCAAAGGAUCCAGCAAAAUCGUCGAUGCCCUCAACGCCGAAAUCGUGCUCGGGAACAUCCGCACUCUCUCCGACGCCAUCGACUGGCUCAGCUACACCUACCUCUACAUCCGCAUGCUUGCCUCCCCUUCCCUCUACGGUGUCUCCCACGACUACCUCCUCCCCUCCGACCCCACUCUCCUCCUCAAACGCUCCGAUAUCAUCCACACCGCCGCUUCCCUCCUUGACCGCGCUGGUCUCAUCCGAUACACUCGUCCUUCCCCCGGUUCCCCUAGUUCCGGGUUAUUCCACUCCACAGACCUCGGCCGCAUCGCCUCGCACUACUACAUCACCUACAACUCCAUGCUCACCUACACCCUCCUUCUCCGGCCCACCCACCGCGCGCUCGAGCUGCUCCGCGUCUUCGCUGCGAGCGAGGAGUUCCGGGAUAUCCCUGUGCGUCAAGAAGAGAAGAUGGAGCUGGGGAAGCUGUUGGAGCGGGUGCCGAUUCCGGUGAAGGAAGGGGUGGAGGAGGGGGGGGCAAAGGUGAAUGUGUUGGUGCAGGCGUAUGUUAGUGGGUUGAAGUUGGAAGGAUUCGCACUAGUAGCGGAUAUGGUGUACAUCCAGCAAUCGGCGGGGAGGAUCAUGCGUGCGUUGUUUGAGAUUUGUUUGAAACGGGGAUGGGCGGUCCCUGCGAAGGCGUGUUUGGAGUUGUGUAAGAUGGUGGAGAGAAGGAUGUGGGGCUCAAUGACCCCCCUCCGCCAAUUCAAAGGCGUCCCCCAAGAAGUCAUCCGCAAAGCCGAAGGCAAGCAAUUCCCCUGGUACCGCUACUUCGACCUCACCCCGCCCGAAAUCGGGGAACUCAUCAAUCUCCCAAACGCCGGGAAGCUCGUGCACCGUCUCGUGCACAGUUUCCCCAAACUCCAACUCACCGCCCAAGUCCAACCCAUCACCCGCUCCCUCCUCCGCAUCGACCUCUCCCUCACCCCCGACUUCCUCUGGGACCCCAAAAUCCACGGCACCUCCGAGUCUUUCUGGAUCCUCGUCACCGACACCUCCGACGACCUCAUCCUCUACCACGCCCCCUUCCUCCUUCUCCCCCGCUACGCCCAGACCCACGACGAACACACCCUCACCUUCACCGUCCCCAUCUCCGCGUCCCCGCUCCCCCCGAACUACUUCGUCGACGUGGUGAGCGACCGCUGGAUCCACGCGGAGACGCGCCUCCCGAUCUCGUUUAGGCAUUUGAUCCUCCCGGAGAAGUUUCCGGAGAUGACGCGGGUGUUGGAGUUGCAGCCGUUGCCGUUGGGGGCGUUGCAUAAUCCUGAAUUCGAGGCGAUUUAUCGGGGAGAGGGUGGGGGUGAAGGGAAGUACGCGGUAGAGACAUUCAACAGGAUCCAAACACAGGUCUUCCAAGCCCUUUACACAUCAGACGAUAACGUGUUCAUCGGUGCACCCACCGGGUCCGGGAAAACUAUCUGUGCCGAAUUCGCUUUGCUCCGGCUGUGGUCUACACCCUCUUCCUCUCACCCCAAACGCGCUGUAUGCCUACUCCCAUACCAAGACAUGGUCGACUCCCGUGUCUCCGAGUGGCGUGAGAAAUUCGGGCGGGUCCAAGGGGGGAAGGAGAUCCUUGCUCUGACGGGGGAAACUACAGCGGAUCUCAGGGUGUUGGAGAAGAGCGAUGUGGUGGUGUGUACGCCUGCGCAGUGGGACAUCCUCUCCCGCCGCUGGCGCCAACGCAAGAACAUCCAAACCAUCGCCCUCCUCAUCGCCGACGACGUGCACCUCGUCGGAGGCGAAGUCGGUCCCACGUACGAGAUCGUGCUCUCCCGCACACGGUACGUCGAGGCGCAGACGGGGGUACGCACGCGCAUCGUGGCGCUUGGUGUGAGUCUGGCGAAUGCGCAGGAUCUGGGGGAGUGGAUUGGGGUGAAAGGGGGGGCGGUGUUUAAUUUUGAACCGAGUGCCCGUCCACUAGACAUGGACAUCCACCUCCAAUCAUUCUCUAUCCCCCAUUUCCCCUCCAUGAUGUCCGCCAUGUCCAAGCCCGCGUAUCUCGCGAUAACCGAACACGCCGGUCGGAAACCCGUUAUCAUCUUUGUACCGUCAAGAAAACAGUGUCAACUCACGGUGGAUGAGAUUCUUACGCAUGCUGCGUGUGAUACUUCCUCUUCCCCUUCCUCCUCCUCUACCUCCAACACUCUUGGUGCAGAUAGCGCAGACCCACAACAACAACAAUCAGAACGCGACAGAGCCGACCGAUUCCUCAACCCCGAUAUCGAACUAGCGGAUCUCGAGAAACAUCUCGAGUAUGUCAGUGAUGAGGGGCUAAAAGAGGUGUUGAGGCACGGAGUGGGGUAUUAUCACGAGGCGUUGAGUAAACAGGAUAAGAAAGUCGUGCAGAGGUUGUUUGAGAGUGGGGCGGUGCAGGUUUUGGUUGCGUCGAAGGAAACAGCCUGGUCCCUCCCCCUCUCCUCCUACAUGGUCAUAAUCCUCGGCGUCCAAUCCUACGAGGGCAAAGAACACCGCUACAUCGACUACCCCGUCAUGGACGUCCUCCAAAUGAUCGGCAAAGCCUGUCGUCCGCGCCACGACCAGCGCAGCCGCUGUGUCCUGAUGUGUCCGCAGACCAAGAAGGAGUUUUAUAAGAAGUUUUUGGGAGAGGGGUUGCCGAUUGAGAGCCAUUUGACGGCGGUGUUGCAUGAUUAUUUCAUGGCGGAGAUUGCGGUGAAGACGGUUGAGAAUAAGCAGGAUGCGAUGGAUAUCUUGACGUGGACGUACUUUUAUCGUCGGAUGACGCAGAACCCGAAUUAUUAUAAUCUGCAUAAUGUCUCCCACCAGCAUCUCUCGGAACAUUUGUCCGAAUUGGUGGAGACGACGUUGAACGAUCUUAUGAAUUCAAAAUGUAUUGCUAUUGAGGACGAGUCGGACGAAGUCAGCCCGCUUAAUUUGGGAAUGAUCGCUGCGUAUUAUAAUAUCUCUUACGUCACAGUCGAAGUCUACACCCUCUCCCUCAAAGAACGCACCAAACUCAAAGGCCUCCUCGAAGUCGUCUCCUCCUCCGCCGAAUUCGAAGCCGUCCCCAUCCGUCGGCACGAAGACAUCCUCCUCCGACGCCUCUACGACCGCCUCCCCGUCAAACUCGACUCUUCCUCCGUCAACUACGAGUCCCCGCACUUCAAAACCUUCCUCCUCCUCCAAUCUCACUUCUCCCGUAUCCACCUCCCCGCGGACCUCGUCGCGGACCAACGUCUCGUCCUCGAGAAGAUCCUCAACCUCCUCUCCGCGUGUGUGGAUGUGCUCUCGAGCAACGCGUGGCUGAACGCGCUGAGUGCGAUGGAUCUGGCGCAGAUGUGUGUGCAGGCGGUGUGGGAGCGGGAUUCGCCGUUGAAGCAGAUUCCGCAUUUCGAGGCGGAGGUGGUUAGGAGGUGUGUAGAGGCGGGGGUGGAGAGUGUGUAUGAUGUGAUGGAUAUGGAGGAUGAGAAGAGGGUGGAGGUGUUGAGGAUGUCGAAUGCUGAAAUGCAAGACGUCGCUGCAUUCGUCAACUCCUACCCCUCCCUCGACGUCACACAAGAACUCCUCAAAGGUGAAUACACCGCCGGCGCCCCGAUCUUCCUCCACGUCACCCUCAGCCGAGACGUCGACGACGACGACGAUCCCUCCUCCAGCACCGACGACCAAACCGUCAUCGCGCCGUUCUUCCCUAUCAAAAAGAUGCCCAACUGGUGGCUCGUCGUCGGUGAACCCUCCACCCGGCAGCUCCUCGUCAUCAAGCGCGUCACGCUCAACAAAACCCUCACCGUGAAACUCGAGUUCACGCUCCCCAAAGGGAGACACCCGCUCAAGCUGUAUGUGAUAUGUGAUUCGUAUGUUGGUGCAGAUCAUGAUAUUGGGUUGGGUGAAAUCGACGUCGCGGAAGGAGAGGACUCGGAUGAGGAUAGUGAUGAGGAGGGGAGUGAUGAUGCUAUGCAGGAGUGA